AUGGCGGCGGCUCCUACCCAGAUCGAAGCUGAGCUGUAUUACCUGAUCGCUAGGUUCUUGCAGUCCGGACCCUGCAACAAAUCCGCUCAGGUGCUAGUGCAGGAGCUCGAGGAGCAUCAGCUGAUUCCGCGGCGCUUGGACUGGGAAGGGAAAGAGCACCGGAGAAGCUUUGAGGAUCUGGUGGCAGCCAAUGCACACAUUCCUCCAGACUACCUCCUUAAAAUUUGUGAGCGAAUUGGUCCCUUACUAGAUAAGGAGAUCCCUCAGAGUGUUCCUGGGGUACAGACGUUGCUAGGUGUCGGUCGGCAGUCUCUGUUACGGGAUGCCAAAGACUGUAAGAGUACACUAUGGAAUGGGUCUGCUUUUGCAGCUCUACAUAGAGGCAGACCUCCAGAACUACCUGUAAAUUAUGUGAAACCUCCAAAUAUGGUGAAUAUCACUUCUGCCAGGCAAUUAACUGGAUGUAGUCGCUUCAGCCAUAUUUUCCCUUCAUCUGCUUAUCAACACAUUAAGAUGCAUAAGAGAAUUCUAGGGCACUUGUCAUCUGUCUAUUGCGUAGCAUUUGACCGAAGUGGAAGAAGAAUUUUUACUGGUUCAGAUGACUGUUUGGUGAAAAUUUGGGCUACAGAUGAUGGGCGCCUCCUUGCUACACUUAGGGGUCACUCUGCUGAAAUAUCUGACAUGGCUGUUAACUAUGAAAACACUCUGAUUGCCGCAGGCAGCUGUGAUAAGGUUGUAAGAGUGUGGUGUCUUCGGACUUGUGCACCAGUUGCUGUCCUUCAGGGACAUUCAGCUUCUAUUACUUCCAUACAGUUUUGUCCGUCAACUAAAGGCACAACCAGAUACCUCACUUCUACUGGUGCUGACGGAACGAUCUGUUUCUGGCAAUGGCAUGUGAAAACAAUGAAGUUUAGAGAUCGCCCAGUGAAAUUUACUGAGAGAUCCAGACCUGGAGUUCAGAUAUCUUGUUCAUCUUUCAGUUCUGGUGGUAUGUUCAUUACAACAGGUAGCACUGACCAUGUGAUUAGAAUAUAUUAUUUGGGUUCUGAAAUCCCUGAGAAAAUUGCAGAAUUAGAGUCACAUACGGACAAAGUUGUUGCUGUUCAGUUCUGUAACAAUGGAGACAGUUUAAGAUUUGUUAGCGGAAGUAGAGAUGGAACAGCAAGGAUUUGGCAAUAUCAGCAGCAAGAAUGGAAGAGUAUAGUGCUAGAUAUGGCUACUAAAAUGACUGGGAGUAAUUUGCCAUCUGGAGAAGACAAAGUCACCAAACUUAAGGUGACUAUGGUGGCCUGGGAUCGCUGUGAUACUACAGUUAUUACUGCAGUGAAUAAUUUCCUUUUGAAAGUGUGGAAUUCCAUCACAGGACAGCUUCUACAUACUUUGUCUGGACAUGAUGAUGAAGUAUUUGUUUUGGAAGCACAUCCAUUUGAUCAAAGGAUCAUACUUUCAGCGGGUCAUGAUGGGAACAUUUUUAUUUGGGACCUUGACCGGGGGACCAAAAUUCGAAAUUACUUUAACAUGAUUGAAGGUCAAGGCCACGGUGCAGUGUUUGAUUGUAAAUUUUCACCAGAUGGAAACCAUUUUGCCUGUACAGAUUCUCAUGGGCAUUUGCUGCUCUUUGGUUUUGGGUGCAGUAAAUACUAUGAAAAGAUUCCAGAUCAGAUGUUCUUCCACACUGAUUAUCGACCUCUUAUUCGUGAUGCUAACAACUAUGUGUUGGAUGAACAAACCCAACAAGCUCCUCACCUCAUGCCUCCCCCAUUCUUGGUGGAUGUUGAUGGAAACCCUCAUCCCACAAAAUUCCAACGGCUAGUACCAGGACGGGAAAAUUGCAAGGACGAACAGCUUAUACCGCAGCUUGGUUAUGUGGCUAAUGGUGAUGGUGAAGUGGUAGAACAGGUAAUUGGGCAGCAAACCAGUGAUCAAGAUGAGAGUAUUCUUGAUGGAAUAAUCAGGGAGCUACAGAGAGAACAAGAUCUGAGACUAAUUAAUGAAGGAACUAUUCCACAUUUUCCAGUUAAUAGAUCAUACUCUGUUAAUGGUGCUCUGAGAAGUCCAAAUAUGGACAUACAUUCUUCCCCAAAUAUUGGACUUCGACGUAGUGGGCAAAUUGAAGGUGUGAGACAAAUGCAUAACAAUGCCCCUCGGAGCCAGAUGGCAACUGAAAGAGAUCUCAUGGCAUGGAGCAGAAGAGUGGUGGUUAAUGAACUAAAUAACGGAGUUAGUAGGGUUCAGGAAGAAUGUCGAACUGCAAAAGGUGACAUAGAAAUUGGGCUUUACACAGUUGAAAAGAAGAAAAAGCCAUCUUAUACUACUCAAAGGAAUGAUUAUCAGCCUAGUUGUGGGCGGUCUUUACGAAGGACACAGCGCAAGCAUCAGCAUACUUAUCAAACACGUUCCAACAUAGAGCAUAAUUCGCAAGCAUCAUGUCAAAAUUCAGGUGUACAGGAAGAGUCAGAAAGCUCCUCAGAGGAAGAUGAAACUGUUGGCACAAGUGAUGCUUCUGUAGAGGAUCCUGUCAUUGAAUGGCAAAGUGAAAGUUCUUCCAGUGAUUCAUCAAGUGAAUAUUCUGAUUGGACAGCAGAUGCUGGAAUAAAUUUGCAACCUCCAAAGAGACAAACCAGACAGGCAACACGGAAAAUAUGCAGCAGCUCUGAGGAUGAAAAUUUAAAGUCACUAGAAGAAAGGCAGAAGAAACCUAAACAGACUAGAAAGAAAAAAGGAAGACUGGUUUCUAUGGCAGGUGAGCUCAGUGAAGAAUGGUUUGCCCCUCAGUGGAUCUUGGAUACCAUACCAAGACGUUCGCCAUUUGUCCCACAGAUGGGAGAUGAGCUUAUCUAUUUUAGGCAAGGACAUGAAGCUUAUGUGCGGGCUGUAAGGAAAUCAAAAACAUACAGUGUUAAUUUACAAAAGCAACCAUGGAACAAAAUGGACCUCAGGGAACAAGAGUUUGUUAAGAUUGUAGGAAUCAAAUAUGAAGUUGGACCACCUACAUUAUGCUGCUUGAAACUUGCAUUUCUGGACCCCAUUUCAGGCAAAAUGACUGGGGAAUCUUUUUCCAUUAAGUAUCAUGACAUGCCAGAUGUCAUUGACUUUCUUGUGCUACAUCAGUUUUACAAUGAAGCCAAAGAAAGGAACUGGCAGAUUGGUGAUAGAUUCCGCAGUAUAAUAGAUGACGCCUGGUGGUUUGGGACUGUGGAGAGUCAGCAGCCUUUUCAACCAGAGUAUCCUGAUAGUUCUUUCCAGUGUUACAGUGUCCACUGGGACAAUAAUGAGAGAGAAAAAAUGAGCCCCUGGGACAUGGAGCCAAUUCCAGAAGGAACUGCCUUUCCAGAUGAAGUUGGUGCUGGUGUUCCCGUGUCCCAGGAGGAACUUACUGCUUUGCUGUACAAACCCCAAGAAGGAGAGUGGGGGGCUCAUUCCAGAGAUGAGGAAUGUGAACGGGUUAUUCAGGGCAUCAACCACCUUCUUUCCCUGGAUUUUGCCAGCCCUUUUGCUAUUCCAGUGGAUCUCAGUGCCUACCCCUUGUAUUGUACUGUAGUUGCUUAUCCAACUGACCUCAACACCAUCAGGCGAAGACUUGAAAACCGCUUUUACAGGAGAAUAUCAGCAUUAAUGUGGGAAGUACGCUACAUUGAGCAUAAUGCUAGGACUUUCAAUGAGCCAGACAGUCCUAUCGUUAAAGCAGCCAAAAUUGUAACUGAUGUCUUACUUCGCUUUAUUGGAGAUCAGAGCUGUACUGAUAUACUAGAUACUUACAACAAAAUUAAAGCAGAAGAACUAAAUAGCACUGAUGCAGAGGAGGAUACAGUAAUGGUUGAUUUAGAUUCAGAUGGUCCUGGUACUUCAUCUGGAAGAAGAGUCAAAUGCCGAGGCAGAAGACAAUCUUUAAAGUGUAAUCCUGAUGCUUGGAAAAAACAAUGUGAAGAACUGUUGAGCCUCAUUUAUGAACGUGAAGACUCAGAGCCAUUUCGGCAGCCAGCUGAUCAUCUUUCUUACCCAGGCCAUCAAGAGCAAGAGGGAGAUUCCUCAGAGUCAGUUGUUCCAGAACGACGACAAGAUCCAUUUAUUUCUGAGGAUUGUCAAGAUGUUAUAGACACUCCUAUGGACUUCAGCACUGUGAAGGAAACUUUGGAAACAGGAAACUAUGCUAGUCCUCUGGAAUUUUAUAAGGAUGUCCGUCAGAUAUUCAGCAACUCCAAAGCUUAUACCUCUAAUAAAAAGUCAAGGAUCUAUAGCAUGACACUGCGAUUAUCUGCCUUAUUUGAAAGUCGUAUUAAAAAUAUUAUCUCUGAAUAUAAGUCUGAAAUCCAGAGUCAGAAGAGGAGAAGGCCACGGUACCGAAAACGUCUAAGAAGCAGCAGCAGUUCAUUAUCUAGUAGCAGAGCUCCUAGUCCAAAAGGGAAACAAAAACUAAUGAAGUUGCAGCCUAAAAAUGACCAGAAUACCUCAAUGUCUUAUGCCAGAACUAGCUCUCCUUUCUCGUCUCCUGUUUCAGAUACUGUUGAAGGGCUUUCAGUCUAUCUACUUGAUGAUGAACUGGAUGGGCCAUUUUCUUCAUCGAGCUUCAGUGGAUAUAGCCAAAGUGGAAAUAGCCAUGAUCCAGGGAAAACCAAAUCCUUCCGGAAUAGAGUUUUGUCAGUUAAACAAGAUCACCCACUUGAUGGACCCCUUACAAAUGGCGAUGGCAGAGAGCCCCGGACAGGAAUCAAGAGAAAACUUCUUAGUGCAUCAGAAGAAGAUGAAAGCAUGGGAGGAGAAGAAAAAGAGAAAAAAGAAACUAAAGAGAAAGCACAUAUAUCCUCCUCAGAGAGUGGAGAGUUAGGAUCCAGUUUAAGUUCUGAAAGUACCUGUGGUUCUGAUUCUGACUCUGAAUCAACUUCCAGAACAGAUCAAGAUUAUGUAGAUGGAGACCAUGACUAUAGCAAAUUCAUACAAACCAGACCUAAAAGAAAACUCAGAAAGCAACAUGCCAAUGGAAAAAGAAACUGGAAGACUAGAGGCACCGGAGGAAGAGGCCGAUGGGGCAGAUGGGGCAGAUGGAGUAGAGGAGGCAGAGGAAGAGGAGGCAGGGGAAGAGGAGGUCGAGGCAGAGGUGGAGGUGGCACUAGAGGGAGAGGGAGAGGUGGAAGAGGUGCUUCUAGAGGAGCUACCAGAGCCAAACGUGCACGUAUUGCAGAUGAUGAAUUUGAUACCAUGUUUUCGGGACGUUUUAGUAGACUGCCUCGAAUUAAAACAAGAAACCAAGGCAGGAGGACUGUUUUAUAUAAUGAUGAUUCUGAUAAUGACAAUUUUGUAUCCACUGAGGAUCCUCUGAAUCUUGGUACAUCCAGGUCAGGCAGAGUGCGUAAAAUGACUGAAAAAGCCAGGGUUAGCCAUCUCAUGGGAUGGAAUUAUUAA